AUGGCUUCCGCCAACGAGAAGAAGGUCGCGCCACCAGUGACGAAGGAUUCGCCGUCGACGAAGUCAUCCAAGAUGCAUCGAAGGUCGAGAUCAGGUUGCUUCACGUGUCGUUUAAGACGCAAGAAGUGCGAUGAGGGAAAGCCAAAGUGCAAGGCUUGCCGGCACUUGGGACUUGACUGCGAGUACAAGCGACCUCAGUGGUGGAGCAACAACGAGACGCGAAGGAAGCAGAAGGAGCACAUCAAGACCAUCAUCAAGAAGACAAAGACGAAUGAGAAGAAUGCCAGUGCCCAAAGCCAAUAUGGAAUGAAUCAUGCCGCACAAGGCUACUCGGACGACUCGGCAGACGAAUACGAUCCUACGUUUGACCCAUCCUUUGCAACCACUCCAGGCCUCUUUGAUCCUUACGCUCCUAACAUCUACAUGCCUCCUGACCCAUAUGGUGCAGGCGUCCCUUGGGAAGUCGACGUCAAAACCGAACGCCACACCUACGUGAACGACGAACUCACCCGCCGGGACUCCUCCAUAUCAACCUUCAGCACCUUCUAUCCUCCUCCAGCUCACGUCACUCUCCCCUCAUACACCGGUGAUGACUGGGUCCAGCAUGACGUCUUAGAAAGCCGACAGAACUCUUGGACUGAGGGCGAUUUUGACUUCAAUGCGCUUGACGUUCCACACGUUGCCCAUCACUUUGAGCCUCAAUGCUCGAUGGUCCAACUGGAAGACUGCGACAGACCGUUGUUCGAGCACUUGCUCCAGAAUGUGCUCCCCAUGUUGUUCCCAGUGCAGGAGGCUUAUCAACACGGUUCAGUGCGUGCGAAUGUGAUGCUCCCGGCGUUGGAAAACAACAAGGCGUAUCUACAUUCCUGUCUCCUGGCAGCCGCAACCCACAUGAAAGGCAAUAAGUUGUUCUUCAGCCCCACCGCCGAGGACGAUGCCAUGCGCCACAAACUUGCUUUCGUCACAAUCGUCGUCGAUGCCCUCAACAAUGAUAGCUGCCACACCGAGAUGCUUGAUGCUCUACUAGGCAUGAUCUCGCUGCAAGGCUGUGUCGGCUCCGCCAUCGACCUGGAGAAGGAGUUGAUCCCUUGGCACCAACACUUCCAGACCGCUGGCGAUAUUGUGCAGAGACUGAACCUUCCCCAGACGUUGGAAAGCAAUGCUGGCACUGGUGCACCACCGACGUUUAACAUGAGCCUAACGGCCUGGAUUGACAUUCUCGGUUCGACGAUGCUUGGCAAGGCUCCGCGAUUCUCCAACACUUACAGGAACAUGUUUUUCGCGCAAGCGUCGACUGGGUUGGAGAAACUAAUGGGUUGCAACGACUACGUCAUGUACCUGUUGUCCGAAGUUGCUUGCCUCGACUCACUCAAGGUGGAAGGGAAGCUCGAUGACAUCGGCGUGUGCAACCACAUUACCUCCCUCGCGACCACCCUCGAUUCGGUCGAACCGCAAGAACUUUUGCAGUUCCCAUUCAACAAGGCCGGUAUCCUCCGCCCCAAACAGCUCACCAAGAACAUCAGCGCCGUCUUCCGCAAAGCCACUCGUGUCUACCUCUGUUCUCUCGUGCCCGAGUACAACCGCUAUCAACCAGCCACAGUCAACCUGAUCGCUCAAAUGGCUGAAAUGCUUCAAUACGUGCCCUCCGGUCCGAAUGGUUUCGACCGCUGCCUCGUGUGGCCCAUGCUCAUCUGCGGUGCGAAUUCGAUUCCAGCAUCUCCACUUCGCCGGGUUCUCUCCGAACGAUGUGACGCGCUCGGUGAUUCUGCCGAUCAUGGGUCUUUUGGAAGGAUGAUACGCUUGCUUCAUGAGGUGUGGAGACGUAAUGACGAUAUGGUCAUCUCUGCAGGAGUAUGCGAAGCCACACCAGUGACUGCCGGAAGCCCAUCAGGAUCGAUCUCGACGCCAAUUGCCUCAGCUAGUAUCCUCGCCACAGCCGGAACCUCGACAGGCGCCCCCUCCUCCACGACGACAAUGCCCAGGAACCAGAACGUCCACUGGCGGGACGUGAUGCAACAGAACGGAUGGGAUUUCCUCCUGAUCUAG